UCCAACUCAAGAAAGCCAUGUCUGUUCAAAACAUGUGUUCAUUGAUCACCCCAGCUUUCAAAGAUUUGUCUUCCCUUCCAUCAUUAGGAUCUGAUAUGAUUUCACCUGGAAUCUUGAACAUAUUGGAAAGAGUAGUAUUUGCUGGUAAACAAAGCUUUGAAGUCAACACUAGUUAGGCGGUGUGCGUGUGCGAUGGACAGAGACAGAGUAACUACAAGCUUUGCUCGGAGGCCAAGCAGGGACUCCGCCACCUUCGCCGACGAAGGCCGCCGCAUUGGCCGUUGCGAGCUGAGCAUCUUCGACGCGGACCGCUGCUUUAAAGAAGAGCACGACGCCAUCAGGCGGACCAUAAUUCUCAACGGACCCGCCCAAAGGUGCAACCUUUCUGCCCAACGGAGCGGCUUUUCGCUCUCCUCGGUUGAUGGUCAUGCGAGGCACGGCCCGACCUGUUCGUUCUACGCGACGCCGACCGCCUCGUCGGAGGUCAGCUGGAACAGCCAUUUGGGCCUUGCCCUUGACGGGUCCGUCGCCGUCACCGCGAGUGCCUUGCGCUUCAAGUGGCCCUCCUCCGUCGCCCGCCGCCUAUUCGGUCGCAGCUGCCCGUGCUCGGGGAUGAAGUCCGUCGUCGUCGAAGAGAAGUGCUCCCAGCCCAGAAGCCCGAUUCGCUCCGGUUUGGAUUUACGGACGUCGCCGUCCUCUAAAAAUCUCAGCUUUAGUACACGGGAAGUGGGUCUCAGUAGCAUCCCGGAGGGCGCGACGCGGGAAGAGAUCGACAACGAGUUUGGCUCCGGGGAGACGAUAAAGGUGAAGAUAACAACUCCAGGGAGUCCACCCCAAAAUCCGGACCUUUUCUCGCUAGAGACGCCAUUUUCGGCGGAAAUUGGCUGCCGGAUGGCUAAUUCCAGCAACCUAUUCUGCGAUUCCGAUGGCUUCUCUUUCUCCAUCUUGAACCCGUCCUUUUUCAACCUCGCCGAAGAGCCACCACGAACGCCCCUGGAGGCCUUCCAGCCAUCAAAGGAGACGGCAGUUUUCCCGUUCUCUGACCAUGCGCCGAUCCCGAAGCCACCGCCGGAUGACGAUGCGGCAAGCGACGCCAGCUCGGACCUUUUCGAGAUCGAGAGCUUCUCCACCCAGACGACGUACCGCCACCGCGACUCCCUCGACUCCCGCGACGACCUCCUCGAGGCCCCGCCGCCGACCGGGGUGAGCGUCACCACCGCGGAAGGGCUCGACCGCGCGAGCCUCGCCAACUUCCACAGCGCCGCCUCCGCCUGCGGCGAGCUCCGCUUCGCGGCGGCCGCGGGCGGCCGGUGGAGAGGCAGCGGGCUUCUGAGGUGCCGAAGCGAGAAGGCGGUGAGCGUGGGGCCAAACCCGGUCCGAGUGUCGUCCCCGGUCGGGUCCGACCCGCAUCGUCGGGCGGUUCGAACGCGCUAAACCGGUCUGUGAUGGUUCCGAAGCCCAACGUAAUACGGCCCGCGUGUUGUUUUCUUCUUCAGAAUUCUGCUGCCAAAACGUUUUGGAUUGUUGCAAUAAUAAACAUAAUACAUGAAGCCAAAUGAACAAUCAACAUUCUCAAGAACGAUUUAUCACAGAAAUUAUAUAACAUUUUGCUGCGCAAAACCUCGGUGAUGCAGCCAAA